AUGUUGCGAGUGGUUUUUGGAGAGCAUGGUUCGAAUCUGCCGUCAAUCACCUCCUGCAACUCUCGCGUGCUCGACGGGCUGAAAGACUCCUUGUACCCCUUCGCGGAGGCCGACGACGACACUGGGGAAGCGAAGCAAUCCCAGAAUUACAUCCAUAUCCGUAUCCAGCAGCGCAAUGGUCGUAAGACUCUGACCACCGUUCAAGGCCUUCCGAAGAAAUUCGACCAGAAGAAGAUCCUCAAAGUGAUCAAGAAGAAAUUCGCCUGCAAUGGCACAAUCGUCACGGACAGUGAGAUGGGCGAGGUGAUUCAGCUUCAAGGCGAUCAGCGCAAAGAUGUUCAAGAAUUCUUGGUCGCCAAGGACGGCCUCGAGCUCGACGCAAAGACUAUCAAGGUGAGCAGAUUCUGCUGCGCCGCACGCAAUGACGCCUGA